UCCGGCAGCUCUUCUUCGUCCGGAAGGGCAGUGGCGGGUGGCCGGCUGGACGGUUCGGGAGGACUCUGCGGACUGGGUCGCCGGCGCGGGGACUCCCUGAAAGCGGAGCGGCGGGGCGCCCGGAGGUGAAGGGGUUGCGCCCUCCCGGCCUAGUCAUGCCCGGUUGGAGGCUGCUGGCUCGGACCGGCGCUCGGGUGCUGGACCGCGGCGCGGGCGGCCUGGGCGCUGCCCGGGGCUCGGAGAACAGAACAGACAUCUGGCUUUUGGUUAGACGUCUCCAUGGCAAGAGUGGUACUUGGUGGGAUGAGCAUCUUUCUGAAGAAAAUGUUCCCUUUGUUAAGCAGUUGGUCUCUGAUGAAAAUAAAGCCCAAUUAGCAAGUAAACUCUGUCCCCUGAAAGAUGAGCCAUGGCCUAUACAUCCUUGGGAACCAGGUUCCUCUAGAGUAGGCCUUAUUGCACUGAAGCUAGGCAUGAUGCCCUUAUGGACCAAAGAUGGUCAGAAGCAUGUGGUCACAUUACUUCAGGUACAAGACUGUCACGUCCUAAAAUAUACUCCAAAAGAAAAUCAUAAUGGAAAAAUGGCAGCCCUGACUGUAGGAGGAAAAACUGUAUCACAUUUCCAUAAAUCUACAUCUAUAUUGGAAUUUUACCGAGAACUUGGAUUGCCACCAAAACAGAAAGUUAAAAUCUUUCAUGUAACAGAUAAUGCUGUAAUUAAGCCAGGCACUCCUCUUUAUGCUGCUCACUUUCGCCCAGGACAGUAUGUGGAUGUCACGGCCAAAACUAUUGGUAAAGGUUUCCAAGGUGUCAUGAAGAGAUGGGGAUUUAAAGGCCAGCCAGCUACUCAUGGUCAAACAAAAACCCACAGAAGGCCUGGAGCUAUUUCAACUGGUGAUGUUGCCAGAGUCUGGCCUGGAACUAAAAUGCCUGGACAAUUGGGGAACAUAGAUAGGACAGCAUUUGGACUGAAAGUGUGGAGAAUAAACACAAAGCACAAUAUAAUCUAUGUAAAUGGCUCUGUACCUGGACACAAAAAUUGCUUAGUAAAGAUCAAAGAUUCUAAAUUGCCUGCAUAUAAGGAUUUCUGUAAAAAUCUACCAUUCCCAACAUAUUUCCCUGAUGGAGAUGAAGAGGAGCUACCAGAAGAUUUGUUUGAUGAAGAUGUGUGUCAUCCUGGGGCACCUUCUAUUACGUUUGCCUGACCUCAUUGGACAUGACAGACUCCCACAUGUCCUGUGAAUUCUGAUGAGCCAGAACAAUAAUAUAACCAGGAAUUAUGUUUUCUUUUCUUAGUAACAACAUACCACAGUGGUUAUCUUUGUCAAGGGCAUAAAUUUAUCCCUCAUCCUCCAACUGAAUUUCAUUUAAAAAAUUACCACAUUAAGCAAAUCAGUUAAGUAGAUUGAAUAUGCCAAAUUUAGAUGGACCAGCAGUUUGCAUAUUAGUAAAAUCUUUGUAAUUUGUGGGCUUUGUUCUUUUUUUACUAUGUAUUUCUCAAGUUAUCUUAAAUGUUUAUAAAUUUAGCUUCUUUUACUAAAGAUUUGUCUGUCUUUGUGAAAGAGUGGUUGUGGAACAGUGUCAAAUCAUAUGGGGACUAUGGUGUUACCUAUUUAGUUAAAAGAAACCAUUUCCUGAGUCCUAAAAAGAAAACGGAAUUGAGAUUUUUAUCUAGAUUAUAGAAAUGUUUAUGUCAUAGUUAAAGGCCUGACACAAUAAGAUCAUAAAUUAUGGGUCUUAUUUACACUUCUUUUGGGAGGUAUAGUUAUUUUUUAGUUAGAUCACUCAACUAUAAGACAGGUGUAAUUAUUUUUCCUUUUUUUUCAGCCGUGCCCUGCAGCAUGCGGGAUCUUAGUUCCCUGACCAGAGAUCCAAUCUGCCCCCCACAGUGGAAGCUCAGAGUCUUAACCACUGGACCACUGGGGAAGUCCUGUAAUUAUUUUUCCUUGAUGCCUUCCAAAAGGGAUUUGAAAUGGCCUGGGUGUACAUUCAACAAACUUUUUUUUUUUUAAUUAAUUUAUUUAUUUUUGGCCGCAUUGGGUCUCCGUUGUGGCACGCGGGCUUUCUCUGGUUGCAGUUAGUGGGGGCUACUCUUUGUUGUGGUGAGCGGGCUUCUCCUUUCUGUGGCUUCUCUUGUUGAGGAGAACGGGCUCUAGGUGAGCAGGCUUCAGUAGUUUGGCAUGCGGGCUCUAGAGUGCAGGCUUAGUAAUUGUGGUACAUGGGCUUAGUUGCUCCGCGGCAUGUGGGAUCUUCCCGGACCAGGGCUCAAACCCGUGUCUCCUGCAGUGGCAGGCAGAUUCUUACCCACUGCGCCACCAGGGAAGUCCCUCAACAAACUUAUUAAUCACUUAUUACUCAUGUUAAUUAAAUGAGUUAAAUGUUAA